GCUGCUGUUGUCGUCCGCUGCCUUCCGAAGGAGAGGAGUCCGAUCGGGGGCUUUGCUCGCGGGAGCGGCAGGCGGGCGGUGACGGCGCGGUGGCUCUUCCAGUCGGGGACAUGUCGAGGUGGGCGGGGCUCCGGCAAGCCGCUUGGAGGAGACGAGUGGCCGCCCAGGCGACGGCGGCGCCCGACUCGAGUUCCUCCGGGAGACUGCGCCGCUCGACGCCCCCCCGGCCCUGAGCCCCGGACGCGGCCCGCGGAAGAGUUCAACUGCACUGCAAAGUACCGAAGGCCUCUUUGGCCCCAGGAAGUGCAAUAAUGAAGCUGUUGGAAAACUCCAGUUUUGAAGCCAUCAACUCCCAGUUGACAGUGGAAACGGGAGACGCGCAUAUUAUUGGCAGGAUCGAGAGCUAUUCGUGCAAGAUGGCCGGGGAUGACAAGCACCUCUUCAAGCAGUUUUGCCAGGAGGGUCAGCCACACGUCCUGGAGGCUCUGUCGCCGCCCCAGACCACCGGCAUCAGCCCUAACCGGCUCAGCAAGAGCCAGAGUGGAGACGAGGAGGGGCCCCUCAGUGACAAGUGCAGCCGCAAGACCCUCUUCUACCUGAUCGCCACCCUGAACGAAUCUUUCCGCCCGGACUACGACUUCAGUGCCGCCAAGAGCCACGAGUUCAGCCGGGAGCCCAGCCUCAACUGGGUGGUGAAUGCCGUGAACUGCAGCCUCUUUUCUGCCGUCCGGGAGGAUUUCACUGCUUUGAAGCCUCACCUGUGGGACGCGGUCGACCAGGAGAUCUGCCUCUCCGAGUGCGACAUCUACAGCUACAACCCGGAUCUGGAUUCGGACCCCUUUGGGGAGGAGGGCAGCCUCUGGUCGUUCAACUACUUCUUCUACAACAAGCGCCUGAAGAGGAUCGUCUUCUUCACCUGUCGCUCCAUCAGCGGCUCCACCUACCGUACUCACUCCGAGGCUGGGAACGAGUUGAACAUGGACCUCAGUGAGGACGAUGCCGAGGAGACCCCCAGCAGCUGCGACAGGGACAGGGGCAGCAUUGAGGCGGAGAAGAGGCAGGUGGUUUGCAUGUGAUUCCUGUGCCGGGGGCUUCUCCCGUGGAGGACGGCGCUGCCAGCUCUUUCCCCAAACAACUCGGCCUUGUUGCGUUGCUCUGCCUGCCCUGUGGAUGCUGCUGCGUGCGGAAUUGGCCCUCCGGACGCCCAGGAUGCUGCCAGCAGGUCCUCCGCCUGCCGGCUCAGCCUUCAGGGACCCAGUUCUUGUGACUCUGCGCCUCUCCUGCCCUGCCUGCGGGACACGACGAUUUGCAGGCGGGGAGACACAGCCCCGAGGCUGGCUGAUGGGAGGGGGGGCCGGACUGGCUGCUGCGGGGGCUCCUUUUCGCCUUGAGACCCAGGAAGGAGAAGCUGAAUUAACAUGGAACCCCCCCCCCUUUUUUUUUAACCCCCCCCCCCAAGACCUUUGCCCUCAAA